GAUAAGCCCGGUAAAGCGUCCAUCUAAAAAGCAAUGGAAAGAAGGGUUGGUGUUCUCGCGAGGCAUUUGAGCUCUCACUCUCCUUCAAUGGCGUCUGGAAACCCUAGCGAGAUGAUCUCCCCCUUCCCCACUGCCGGCUCCUUUGGCGAGUCUGUCUUCGCUCACGUCGUCCAGGCGCCUGAGGAUCCUAUUCUUGGGGUUACUGUGGCGUAUAAUAAGGAUCCGAGCCCGGUGAAGGUGAAUCUUGGAGUUGGAGCUUAUAGGACGGAGGAAGGGAAACCGCUUGUUUUGAAUGUGGUGAGGCGGGCCGAGCAGCUGUUGGUGAAUGAUCGGUCCCGUGUUAAAGAAUAUCUCCCAAUUACUGGUUUGGCGGAUUUCAAUAAAUUGAGUGCUAAACUGAUAUUUGGUUCUGACAGUCCUGCUCUUCAAGAAAAUAGAGUCACUACAGUGCAAUGCCUGUCUGGUACUGGCUCAUUGAGGGUUGGAGCUGAGUUUCUUGCAAAGCACUACCAUCAACAUACGAUUUACAUCCCACAGCCAACAUGGGGAAAUCAUCCCAAAGUUUUCACACUAGCAGGAUUGUCUGUCAAGACUUAUCGCUACUAUGAUCCAGCCACUCGUGGUCUGAACUUCCAAGGUCUGCUUGAGGAUCUUGGAUCUGCUCCCUUAGGUGCAAUUGUUCUUCUCCAUGCCUGUGCACAUAAUCCGACUGGAGUAGAUCCAACCCUUGAACAAUGGGAACAAAUUAGGCAGUUGAUGAGAUCUAAAGCAUUGCUACCUUUCUUUGACAGUGCUUAUCAGGGAUUUGCAAGUGGCAGCCUUGAUGCAGAUGCACAAUCUGUUCGCAUGUUUGCUGCAGAUGGUGGUGAAUUGUUAGCAGCUCAAAGCUAUGCAAAGAACAUGGGUUUAUAUGGGGAGCGUGUUGGGGCUCUUAGCAUUGUCUGCAAAUCAGCUAAUGUGGCUGCUAAGGUUGAAUCCCAGUUGAAACUUGUAAUUAGACCUAUGUAUUCCAGUCCCCCCAUCCAUGGUGCUUCAAUUGUGGCAACCAUUCUUAAAGACAGUGGAAUGUACCACGAAUGGACAAUUGAGUUAAAAGCCAUGGCUGACCGAAUUAUAAGCAUGCGCCAUCAACUUUUUGAUGCUUUGCGAGCCAGAGGUACACCAGGUGAUUGGUCUCAUAUCAUCAAACAAAUCGGAAUGUUCACUUUCACAGGGCUUAAUACUGAGCAAGUUGCCUUCAUGACCAAAGAGUACCACAUUUACAUGACUUCUGAUGGGAGGAUAAGCAUGGCAGGUUUGCGCUCUAGAACAGUACCCCACCUUGCAGAUGCCAUCCAUGCUGCUGUCACACAGAUUUAAGUAAUCCAUUCCAACAUCACACUCAACAGAACUCUCCAAGUUUCAUGCACAUCAAAUUUUAUCAGUUAUAUAUCUUUAUCCGUUUUUGCAAUUUGUUUUAUGCCAUAAAUUUCCGGAUUCUAUCCUUUGGGAUGGACGUUCUAUGCUUACUGUUUUCCGGGCUAUCCAUACUCAAUAAUGCAAUCAUAUAGGUAUAUAUAUUCAUGUGUUAUGUGCAUAAGGGAUGCGAGAGAGAUUAUUAAAAGUUGCUUCAUUGUGAGUGUGGUCAGUAUGUUUGCAAUAUUUGUAUUA